AUGAAAAGGAUACAAAUCAGACAUAUUUUAUAUUUUGUGUUGAUGUGCCGCUCAUUGACAGCAUCAACAAAACAACAUACACUUGAAAGAGGAGCAAAAGGAAGCGAAAUAUAUAGUGAACCGCCUCGAUUAUCGCAAAAAAGUGGAUACGGAACAGUAGCGGAAGUGGAGCCGCACCCUGACAUAAGAAUAUACGUGUACAAUCCAAAGAACGCAUUUAAUCCAACAAACGAAAUGUUUAGUAACAGGACUCUCAGGGAGCUGAAAAACCAAAGAUUUAAAAACCAAUCUCAAGCUAUUCAAAACGAAUUUGAAAGGAUUAAGGCCUCAGAGGUAAGCUAA